AUGCGCUUGUUCCUAGUCGCGGUUUUGGCCGCUUAUUUGGCCUACGCAGCGGCCCAAACUGAAUCUAGUACGGCAACAUCAGUGACCACUCCAGUUGUAAAAGCGCAGCCAUGUUGUGAAAGUGUUCGUCAAACUCUAAUUGAAAUACGAAAAGAUAUACGCCUGUGGCUACUCGACAGACUUUUCGGAAAACUAGUACUUUUGCACGACGGAGAACUUCUCGGCAAUCCAAAUUAUGUGAAUUGUGUCAACGAAAAGAAACAGCUACCACUCUUAGAUGGAAGCACAAUUACAGAUCAAACUGCAUCUACUACAACUGUCGUAAAAGGCAUUCCGGAAUCCUCUUCGAAUGCUGAUGGAAGCUCUAGCCAAACUACCUCGUCUUCGACUCCUGUCGUAGAAGUCACUCAGGGAUCCUCUUCGAAUGCUGAUGGAAGCUCUAGCCAAUCCUCGACCACGACGACAACCACAACGACAACAUCAUCCGAUGAGGGUCAAUCUACCACCUCAUCUGACCCGGUUGUGGAAGUCAGUCAAGGAUCAAACGGCGGUAGCAACUCCACUCAAUCUACGACCUCCACCACAACUACCUCGUCUUCGACUCCUGUCGUAGAAGUCACUCAGGGAUCCUCUUCGAAUGCUGAUGGCAACUCUAACCAAUCCUCGAGCACGACGACAACCACAACGUCAACAUCAUCCGAUGAAGGUCAAUCCACCACCUCAUCUGACCCGGUUGUGGAAGUCAGUCAAGGAUCAAACGGCGGUAGCAACUCCACACAAUCUACGACCUCCCCCACAACUACAACAUCAUCCGAUGAGGGUCAAACUACCUCGUCUUCGACUCCUGUCGUAGAAGUCACUCAGGGAUCCUCCUCGAAUGCUGAUGGAAGCUCUAGCCAAUCCUCGACCACGACGACAACCACAACGACAACAUCAUCCGAUGAGGGUCAAUCUACCACCUCAUCUGACCCCGUUGUGGAAGUCAGUCAAGGAUCAAACGGCGGUAGCAACUCCACUCAAUCUACGACCUCCACCACAACUACCUCGUCUUCGACUCCUGUCGUAGAAGUCACUCAGGGAUCCUCUUCGAAUGCUGAUGGCAACUCUAACCAAUCCUCGACCACGACGACAACCACAACGUCAACAUCAUCCGAUGAAGGUCAAUCCACCACCUCAUCUGACCCGGUUGUGGAAGUCAGUCAAGGAUCAAACGGCGGUAGCAACUCCACUCAAUCUACGACCUCCACCACAACUACCUCGUCUUCGACUCCUGUCGAAGAAGUCACUCAGGGAUCCUCUUCGAAUGCUGAUGGAAGCUCUAGCCAAUCCUCGACCACGACGACAACCACAACGACAACAUCAUCCGAUGAGGGUCAAUCUACCACCUCAUCUGACCCGGUUGUGGAAGUCAGUCAAGGAUCAAACGGCGGUAGCAACUCCACUCAAUCUACGACCUCCACCACAACUACCUCGUCUUCGACUCCUGUCGUAGAAGUCACUCAGGGAUCCUCUUCGAAUGCUGAUGGCAACUCUAACCAAUCCUCGACCACGACGACAACCACAACGUCAACAUCAUCCGAUGAAGGUCAAUCCACCACCUCAUCUGACCCGGUUGUGGAAGUCAGUCAAGGAUCAAACGGCGGUAGCAACUCCACAGAAUCUACGACCUCCACCACAACUACUUCGUCUUCGACUCCUGUCGUAGAAGUCACUCAGGGAUCCUCUUCGAAUGCUGAUGGCAACUCUAACCAAUCCUCGACCACGACGACAACCACAACGACAACAUCAUCCGAUGAGGGUCAAUCCACCACCUCAUCUGACCCGGUUGUGGAAGUCAGUCAAGGAUCAAACGGCGGUAGCAACUCCACACAAUCUACGACCUCCACCACAACUACCUCGUCUUCGACUCCUGUCGUAGAAGUCACUCAGGGAUCCUUUUCGAAUGCUGAUGGCAACUCUAACCAAUCCUCGACCACGACGACAACCACAACGACAACAUCAUCCGAUGAGGGUCAAUCCACCACCUCAUCUGACCCGGUUGUGAAAGUCAGUCAAGGAUCAAACGGCGGUAGCAACUCCACUCAAUCUACGACCUCCACCACAACUACCUCGUCUUCGACUCCUGUCGUAGAAGUCACUCAGGGAUCCUCUUCGAAUGCUGAUGGCAAUUCUAGCCAAUCCUCGACCACGACGACAACCACAACGACAACAUCAUCCGAUGAGGGUCAAUCCACCACAUCAUCUGACCCGGUUGUGGAAGUCAAUCAAGGAUCAAACGGCGGUAGCAACUCCACUCAAUCUACGACCUCCACCACAACUACCUCGUCUUCGACUCCUGUCGUAGAAGUCUCUCAGGGAUCCUCUUCGAAUGCUGAUGGAAGCUCUAGCCAAUCCUCGACCACAACGACAACCACAACGUCAACAUCAUCCGAUGAGGGUCAGUCCACCACCUCAUCUGACCCGGUUGUGGAAGUCAGUCAAGGAUCAAACGGCGGUAGCAACUCCACUCAAUCUACGACCUCCACCACAACUACCUCGUCUUCGACUCCUGUCGUAGAAGUCACUCAGGGAUCCUCUUCGAAUGCUGAUGGAAGCUCUAACCAGUCCUCGAGCACGACGACAACCACAACGACAACAUCAUCCGAUGAGGGUCAAUACACCACCUCAUCUGACCCGGUUGUGGAAGUCAGUCAAGGAUCAAACGGCGGUAGCAACUCCACUCAAUCUACGACCUCCACCACAACUACCUCGUCUUCGACUCCUGUCGUAGAAGUCUCUCAGGGAUCCUCUUCGAAUGCUGAUGGAAGCUCUAGCCAAUCCUCGACCACAACGACAACCACAACGUCAACAUCAUCCGAUGAGGGUCAAUCCACCACCUCAUCUGACCCGGUUGUGGAAGUCAGUCAAGGAUCAAACGGCGGUAGCAACUCCACUCAAUCUACGACCUCCACCACAACUACCUCGUCUUCGACUCCUGUCGUAGAAGUCACUCAGGGAUCCUCUUCGAAUCCUGAGGGAAGCUCUAGCCAAUCCUCGACCAAGACGACAACCACAACGACAACAUCAUCCGAUGAGGGUCAAUCCACCACAUCAUCUGACCCGGUUGUGGAAGUCAAUCAAGGAUCAAACGGCGGUAGCAACUCCACUCAAUCUACGACCUCCACCACAACUACCUCGUCUUCGACUCCUGUCGUAGAAGUCACUCAAGGAUCCUCUUCGAAUGCUGAUGGCAACUCUAACCAAUCCUCGACCACGACGACAACCACAACGACAACAUCAUCCGAUGAGGGUCAAUCCACCACCUCAUCUGACCCGGUUGUGGAAGUCAGUCAAGGAUCAAACGGCGGUAGCAACUCCACACAAUCUACGACCUCCACCACAACUACCUCGUCUUCGACUCCUGUCGUAGAAGUCACUCAGGGAUCCUCUUCGAAUCCUGAUGGAAGCUCUAGCCAAUCCUCGACCACGACGACAACCACAACGACAACAUCAUCCGAUGAGGGUCAAUCCACCACAUCAUCUGACCCGGUUGUGGAAGUCAAUCAAGGAUCAAACGGCGGUAGCAACUCCACUCAAUCUACGACCUCCACCACAACUACCUCGUCUUCGACUCCUGUCGUAGAAGUCACUCAAGGAUCCUCUUCGAAUGCUGAUGGCAACUCUAGCCAAUCCUCGACCACGACGACAACCACAACGACAACAUCAUCCGAUGAGGGUCAAUCCACCACCUCAUCUGACCCGGUUGUGGAAGUCAGUCAAGGAUCAAACGGCGGUAGCAACUCCACUCAAUCUACGACCUCCACCACAACUACCUCGUCUUCGACUCCUGUCGUAGAAGUCACUCAGGGAUCCUCUUCGAAUCCUGAUGGAAGCUCUAGCCAAUCCUCGACCACGACGACAACCACAACGACAACAUCAUCCGAUGAGGGUCAAUCCACCACAUCAUCUGACCCGGUUGUGGAAGUCAAUCAAGGAUCAAACGGCGGUAGCAACUCCACUCAAUCUACGACCUCCACCACAACUACCUCGUCUUCGACUCCUGUCGUAGAAGUCACUCAAGGAUCCUCUUCGAAUGCUGAUGGCAACUCUAGCCAAUCCUCGACCACGACGACAACCACAACGACAACAUCAUCCGAUGAGGGUCAAUCCACCACCUCAUCUGACCCGGUUGUGGAAGUCAGUCAAGGAUCAAACGGCGGUAGCAACUCCACUCAAUCUACGACCUCCACCACAACUACCUCGUCUUCGACUCCUGUCGUAGAAGUCACUCAGGGAUCCUCUUCGAAUGCUGAUGGAAGCUCUAGCCAAUCCUCGACCACAACGACAACCACAACGUCAACAUCAUCCGAUGAGGGUCAAUCCACCACCUCAUCUGACCCGGUUGUGGAAGUCAGUCAAGGAUCAAACGGCGGUAGCAACUCCACUCAAUCUACGACCUCCACCACAACUACCUCGUCUUCGACUCCUGUCGUAGAAGUCACUCAGGGAUCCUCUUCGAAUCCUGAUGGAAGCUCUAGCCAAUCCUCGACCACGACGACAACCACAACGACAACAUCAUCCGAUGAGGGUCAAUCCACCACAUCAUCUGACCCGGUUGUGGAAGUCAAUCAAGGAUCAAACGGCGGUAGCAACUCCACUCAAUCUACGACCUCCACCACAACUACCUCGUCUUCGACUCCUGUCGUAGAAGUCACUCAGGGAUCCUCUUCGAAUCCUGAUGGAAGCUCUAGCCAAUCCUCGACCACGACGACAACCACAACGACAACAUCAUCCGAUGAGGGUCAAUCCACCACAUCAUCUGACCCGGUUGUGGAAGUCAAUCAAGGAUCAAACGGCGGUAGCAACUCCACUCAAUCUACGACCUCCACCACAACUACCUCGUCUUCGACUCCUGUCGUAGAAGUCACUCAAGGAUCCUCUUCGAAUGCUAAUGGCAACUCUAGCCAAUCCUCGACCACGACGACAACCACAACGACAACAUCAUCCGAUGAGGGUCAAUCCACCACCUCAUCUGACCCGGUUGUGGAAGUCAGUCAAGGAUCAAACGGCGGUAGCAACUCCACUCAAUCUACGACCUCCACCACAACUACCUCGUCUUCGACUCCUGUCGUAGAAGUCACUCAGGGAUCCUCUUCGAAUGCUGAUGGAAGCUCUAACCAGUCCUCGAGCACGACGACAACCACAACGACAACAUCAUCCGAUGAAGGUCAAUCCACCACCUCAUCUGACCCGGUUGUGGAAGUCAGUCAAGGAUCAAACGGCGGUAGCAACUCCACACAAUCUACGACCUCCACCACAACUACCUCGUCUUCGACUCCUGUCGUAGAAGUCACUCAAGGAUCCUCUUCGAGUGCUGAUGGCAACUCUUACCAAUCCUCGACCACGACGACAACCACAACGUCAACAUCAUCCGAUGAGGGUCAAUCCACCACCUCAUCUGACCCGGUUGUGGAAGUCAAUCAAGGAUCAAACGGCGGUAGCAACUCCACUCAAUCUACGACCUCUACAACAACUACCUCGUCUUCGACUCCUGUCGUAGAAGUCACUCAGGGACCCUCUUCAAAUGCUGAUGGAAGCUCUAGCCAAUCCUCGACCAAGACGACAACCACAACGACAACAUCAUCCGAAGGGGGUCAAUCCACCACAUCAUCUGACCCGGUUGUAGAAGUCAGUCAAGGAUCAAUCGGCGGUAGCAACUCCACUCAAUCUACGACCUCCACCACAACUACCUCGUCUUCGACUCCUGUCGUAGAAGUCACUCAGGGAUCCUCUUCGAAUGUUGAUGGAAACUCUAACCAGUCCUCGAGCACGACGACAACCACAACGACAACAUCAUCCGAUGAGGGUCAAUCCACCACCUCAUCUGACCCGGUCGUGGAAGUCAGUCAAGGAUCAAACGGCGGUAGCAACUCCACACAAUCUACGACCUCCACCACAACUACCUCGUCUUCGACCCCUGUCGUAGAAGUCACUCAGGGAUCCUAUUCGAAUGCUGAUGGCAACUCUAACCAAUCCUCGACCACGACGACAACCACAACGACAACAUCAUCCGAUGAGGGUCAAUCCACCACCUCAUCUGACCCGGUUGUGGAAGUCAGUCAAGGAUCAAACGGCGGUAGCAACUCCACUCAAUCUACGACCUCCACCACAACUACCUCGUCUUCGACUCCUGUCGUAGAAGUCACUCAGGGAUCCUCUUCGAAUGCUGAUGGAAGCUCUAGCCAAUCCUCGGCCAAGACGACAACCACAACGACAGCCACAACGACAACAUCAUCCGAUGAGGGUCAAUCCACCACCUCAUCUGACCCGGUUGUGGAAGUCAAUCAAGGAUCAAACGGCGGAUCCUCUUCGAAUGCUGAUGGCAACUCUAGCCAAUCCUCGACCACGACGACAACAACAAACAUCAGUAAAGGAAGCCCUAAAUGGACUAAAACUACAAAAACUUAUUCGUCAAAAACUAUAAGAAUCCCAAAGUCAAGCAGAAACUCUAGUUCUAACAAAACUUUAACAACCGUAACGACAAGUUCCUCCUCAGCUCCCCAGACCAAAUAUUCUUGGCCAAGCUCUUCAAAGAAAUCGUAUAUUGGUGGCAAGUCUAAAAAAUAUUGGAACAAGCGCUGGACUAAAAAGUCACGUAAAAAUAACGAUGGUAGUUCCACGGUUGUUGCAGAGGAAUCGUCUGACUCAUUAACAGAUGCUGGCGUUGAUAGCACUCAAGGAAAUGUCUUGAACGAUGAGAGUAAUUCGAGUCAGUCUACAGUUACCUCUUCACUGCCUGUUGUGGAUGCCAGUACAGAUGUUCAGAACACAGAAACAAGCUCAACAUCGACUCAAAACACAAACAAAUAUUCGUCGAAGUUCUCUAAGGUCCCCAAGUCUAAUGGUCAGUCGAGUACCAGCACUACCAAAACUACAAAAAGCGUAACGACAAGCACUUCCUCAACACCCAACGUUAGGAGCUCAUCAAAGAAAUCUACCAAUGGUGGAAAAUCGGUCAAGACCACGAUAACAACCACUUCUUCAAAGAAUGGUCAAUCCAGCUCAGGUUUAUCCCCUGUUGUAAAAAUUGCACAGGAAAUUCCACAAAACGAUAUUGAAAGUUUGAACCAGGUCACUACAACGACAACAUCAUCUGAGAGCCAAAUCGGCGUACCUUCAACACCUGUUGUUAAAGUUACGAAGGAAACCUCAAUUAGCAAAGAUGGGAAGACUACCCGAUCAUCAACUACAGCAACCACAACUACCACGACCAAAGGAAGUAAUAAUUCAGGUAGCUUAACUCUUCCUGCGGUUGGUGCCAGCAUUGAUCUCCCUCUGAAUAUUAAUGGUGGAAGGUCAAGCUCUAGAUCGUCUACAACAACUACGACAACAUCCACAAAGGGAAGUAAGACAUCUCUACCGGGAGUUGAUGCCAUCAUAAAGAAGAUUAAGGACACAAACAUUUUGUCAAAGAUAGACUUGAGUCUGCCUACGCUUGAUGCCAGUCUAAAUGUUAAUGGUGGAAAGUCAAGCUCUACAUCGUCAACAACAACUACGACAACAUCCACAAAAGGAAGUAAAUCAUCCAAUACCUUGUCUCUACCGGAAGUUGAUGCCGGCAUAGCCAUUAACGGCGAUGAGUCCCGCUCAAAGAUAGACUUGAGUCUCCCAAAACUUGAUGCCAGUCUGAAUGUUACUGGUGGAAGGUCAAGCUCUAGAUCGUCUACAACACUUACGACAACAUCCACAAAGGGAACCUUGUCUGUACCAAGUCUUGAUGCCGGAAUAUCUAUUGAUGGCGGAAUAUCAGGAUCAUCAUCAACUAGAACUAUUAAAAUAACCUCAAAGAACUCGGUAGCUCCCAAGUCUAGUUCUACAUCCAAAACUACGACCACGACCACUACAUCAAAAACUUCAUCGGUCCCAAAAACAGAGUCCAAAUACUCCUGGUCUAGUUCGUCGGAGAAAAAAUCCAACCCUAUUCGCUUAACCUUACCUACCAUUAACGCAGGUGUUGCAGUUGGCGGAGGAGAUUCUUCAGGGUCGUGGUCCAAGCUAGUUAAGAGGAGCACCAGCAGCGAUGAGACAAUUGCCAAUGAUGGUUCAUCCCUUUCCGGUUCUAUUGUAGGUGCCGGUGCAGGUGGAUCCUGGUCUCAGCGAUCAGGAUUCUCUGGUGACAGUUCCAGUGGCAAGGGUUCUCAGGACAUUCGCAUUCGAUUGGCCCGAGGACAGACAGGAAACAGUGCUCAGUCCCAAAACACCAAUUCUUGGACCCAAAGCGCUUCCCAAGGCAGCGAAAACUUGGCUAAUGGUGCAGUAUCCGCCGAUGGCUUGAAUGUGGAGGGAUCGGAGAGUUCCGAUGACGCAACCACGAUCCAAGGUGGCUCUGUCGGUGUAACCGGACAAUAUCCAUACUGGUGGGGCAACGGCCGUUGGGUGGGCGUUGGAGCCAGGCCGAGUUGGAGAUAUGGAUGGCGUCCUUAUGGAAGCGGUUGGGGCGGAUGGAACAGUCAAUAUUAG